AUGUCCAAAUGGGGUCUUAAGGACAGCCCUACGUGUGAUUGCGGUCACGAUAACCAAACAAUUCACCAUAUUGUGGAAGAUUGCCCGAAAAGGAGGUUCAAUCGGGGCAUUGAGGGAAUUCAUGCGGCAAAUAAUGAAGCAAUAGAAUGGAUUCGAGAACAAGACAUUGCCUUAUGA